UUUGACUCUUUCGUAUUUUCAAGCCUCGAUAUUUUUCAUGGUUUCUUGGUCCAGCAGCUUUAAGGAUAAAGACAAGAUGAUGUUGUUUUUGUUUCCUCUCUUCUACCAUGGUUUAUUUGCAAUGAAACACUCGUUGAUGCACUCUGUCACUGGAUCCUCCGGAGACCCAAACAUCUCAGAGUUUGCAGGUGUUGUAUUGGUUGAUGACACUGAGGCUGUUUACUGUGACAGCAGAAACAAGAUAUUAGAACCAAGACAGGACUGGAUGAAAAAAAUAUUCAGCAAUGACACUCAGCACUUGGCAUUGUACACGAAACAGUGUUUUGAGGAUCAGCCAGACAUCUUCAGAUUCUUGAUUUCUACUUUAAAGCAGCAGUUCAAUCAAAUAGAAGGUGUUCACAUAUUACAGAGAACAGGUGGAUGUGAAUGGAAUGAAAACACUGAUGAAGUGGUUGGUAUGGUACAGUAUGGGUAUAAUGGAGAAGGCUUUCUUGAACUGGAUCUUAAGACACUGACAUGGAUCCCACUGAAACCAGAAGCUGCCAUUAUCAAAAAGGAAUGGGAUACUGACACAAUUGUACUCAAAGACAUUGAAAGCCUCCUCACUAAGGUUUGUCGAGAGUGGCUGAAGAGGUAUUGGAGCUAUGGGAGCAGCUUCCUGCAGAGAACAGUUCUUCCCUCAGUGUCUCUCCUCCAGAAGACUCCCUUCUCUCCAGUCAGCUGCCACGCUACAGGUUUCUAUCCUCACAGAGCCAUGAUGUUCUGGAGGAAAGAUGGAGAGGAGAUCCAUGAAGGUGUGGACCACACAGAGAUCCUCCCCAACAAUGAUGGGACCUUCCAGAUAACUGUUAAUCUGAAUGUUUCAUCACUCACACCAGAAGACUGGAAAAAAUACGAUUGUGUGUUUCAUCUCUCUGGUGUUGUGAACAACACUGUAACCAAAUUACAUAAAAAGGUGAUCAGAACAAACUGGAGUGAAAACAACAGGAUGGAAUUAAUCUCCAUCAUUGUUGUUGUUCCUGUUCUCAUCGCCGUUGCUGCUGUUGGAUUUGUUGUUUACAAAAAGAAGGAAGAAAAAGAAAUUGCACCUCCUCGUGUUAACAUGAAGGAAUUUUCUGAGGCAUUGAACUGAGAUUUGAAACACAGCCCACACAGCGCCAUAUGGGAAGCUAUACACACUUGCGGUUAAACACAUUAAAAGCAAAGAUGUCACAGACUUUGACCUUGGACCCAGGAUUUUGACAGUUUUUUUUCCCCUUGUUUUCUAUUUGAUUUUUAUUCCUUUUGACUUUUUAAACUUAGUUAACCAAUGUUGUUUCUUCUGUGUUGUUCAUUAUUACAACAUAUAAUUAUUAUUAUUACAAUAUUAUUACUAUGUGCAUUCGUAUAUUGUUAAGUCUGUCCUUUAGUUUUGUAUUUGUGGUUAUCUUUUGGUAUUGGAUGAUUCUCCUUGUCACCUCUGUUCUUAGUUAUGUUGGUGGUAAUGUUAGUACCACCAACACAUGGAGGACCACAAGAGCCACGCGCAUCGAAAUAAAGAUUUCUGUGCUUAAAUAAUGAAUUGUAGAAUAAAUUCUGCAUUUGUAAAUUCAUUUUUGAAUUAAAAUUUAAUAAACUGCAUUUCAAAAUCCUUUCUCCAAUUGCA